AUGUAUUUUUUGGAUGUUAGCAUUCGAUUAUUAAUUAAAUGGAUAAAUGUAAUCGAUUACUAUAUCCGGGCACUAACAGGGGUCGUGCUGUUUCCGAUUGACAGCAAAAGGACGGUCCUGGAGCUCGAGGCACUUAUAAAGGAACGGGGACGACAAUUUGACUUCAGGGAACCAUGUCGAGUUCAGUUGGAUUGUCUCGAGUCGGACAAAAAAAUCAAUUUGUUCGGACGCCUUGCAGUAAGAAAUUUUCUCGGAAGCCCAGCUGUGAUUAGAAAGUUUCUCAGAUAUGUUGAUGAAAGCCCUGAAAUUCGAAAGAUAAACAUCACGCGUCCUAUCUUUAUUGUGGGCCAGAUGAGGACUGGAACUACUUUCUUGUUUAAUCUUCUUGCGCAAGAUGAGAGCCUGUUUUCACCCCCUUUUUGGCAGAUCUCUGACCCAACGCCAAGGGAGCUAGAUCGCAAUGGGAAAGACUCGAGGAUAAAGGAAGCUGUGGGGAACAUAGAUCUCUUACAUAUAUAUGGACCGCAGACGCAAACUACACAUCCCGUCGAUGCAUUAGGGCCAGAUGAAUGUGAAUUACAGUUUAUGCGAUAUUUCGUUACACGUGACCUUCCGCAUACAGUCUACAGGAAUUUAGCACCAUAUCAAAGAUGGUACCGAACAGUAGAUGAUCAAACACUUCAAAACCUCUACCAGAAUUACAAAUUGGAACUCCAGUCAUUUAUUCACCAAGCAGGUACACAAGAUAAAACUGUACUGAGGAAGGAUUCGAACCACGCCAGUUUUAUUCGCCAGCUGUUGGCCACGUUCCCUGAUGCCAGGGUCAUAUACACAGUCCGGGACCCAGCCGAGAUUGUACCGUCGGCUUGUAGUAUGAACGAGUCGUAUGUCGAACUAUCUUACUUCCUCGCAGAUAUCGACCAAAAGCAAAUCGGGCGACAAGUGCUGGGCCACAUGAUGCACGAGGCGGAAUGUUUUCUCGCUUACAGGAAACAAUAUGACGAGAACAACCAAGGGAGCUCUCAAUUCAUGGAUAUCAACUAUGAGGAUUUUAUAAAAGCGCCUAUGGCGACCGUCAGGUGUAUUUAUGAACAUUUCGGGAUGGAAUUGUCAGAUGCAGCUGUAGCUAAAAUGGAACGGUACAUUAAAGAAAGUCCGCAAUACAAACAUGGCAAGCACAUUUAUAAUGCCGAGAGAUAUGGUUUCACAGUUGAUGCUCUUCGAAAAGCGUUUAGGGAUUACAUUGAAUAUUUCAAUGUACGGCUAACUUGAAGGAAAGCUUAGCACGACUAUUUGAUAUUUACGUAUACCCCGUACUAUAAUCUACCUACUCAUCAAAUAUGUGCUGUUUUGGCCCACUUUGAUACAAUAUUUGGGUCCCGGGAUUUGGGAUUUGAUGCUAUUUACGUAUACCUCGUACGUUACUCUACCUACUUAUAAAAUAUAUGCUGCUUUGGCCAAUUUUGGUGGGCAAUAUUUGG